AUGACUGCUCGUCAUAUAUCCUCCGUUGGAUUAUCAUUUCUCAAUGUGCGCAGCUACGUAACAACGGUUAAACCGCGUCGCCUUAACGUCCCUAUCGACUUCAAAACUACCCCGUUGCUACAUCACUCCCCAAAGACAUUCCAGAGCAACGGAAUUCCUGAUGAAGGAAAAUCUAAGCGACUCAAUCUUUGCCAGGCAGUGAAUUCUUCUUUGGCGACUGCGCUGCGUUUAUCCAAAGACGUGCUUUGCUUCGGUGAGGACGUUGCUUUUGGAGGAGUCUUCCGCUGCACGAGUGGUCUUCAAAGCGAGUUUGGACCCGAGCGAGUCUUCAACACUCCCUUGACGGAGCAAGGCAUUGUCGGGGCCGCUAUUGGUGCGGCGGCGGAAGGACGGAAGCCGGUCGUCGAGAUCCAAUUUGCCGACUAUGUCUUCCCUGCAUUUGAUCAAAUCGUGAAUGAAGCCAGUAAGUUCCGCUACCGAGAGGGUGCGACUGGGGGCAACCUUGGAGGAAUGGUCAUCAGAAUGCCAUGCGGAGGUGUCGGGCAUGGUGCAUUAUACCACACUCAAUCACCGGAAAGUCUGUUCUGCCACAUUCCAGGAUUCAAAGUCGUGAUGCCGCGGUCACCCUCCCAAGCAAAAGGCCUUCUUUUGACUGCAAUUCUCGAAUCAAAAGACCCCGUCAUUUUUCUAGAGCCUAAGAUCCUGUAUCGUGCUGCCGUCGAAGAGGUGCCAGAGAGUCCGUACACGCUACCCCUGAGCAAGGCUGAAGUCCUCAAGCAAGGUGCCGAUCUCACAAUCAUUUCAUACGGGCGACCUCUUUAUACCUGCCAAGCUGCGAUUGAGGCUGCCGAGAAGGAUAUGCCGGGUGUCUCAAUCGAGUUGAUCGAUUUGCGAACAAUAUAUCCCUGGGAUAGAGGGACCGUGAUUGAAGGUGUCAAAAAGACCGGUCGAGCUAUGAUUGUUCAUGAAAGCAUGGUCAAUUUUGGCGUUGGUGCAGAGGUUGCCUCGACAAUUCAGGAGAAGGCAUUCUUCCAUCUUAAAGCUCCCAUCAAGCGGGUUGCUGGAUGGACCACCCACACUGGGCUUGCCUGGGAAAAGUACAUUCUUCCUGACACUACAAGGGUUUACGAUGCCAUCCACGAGAUGCUGAAAGCUUAG